GUUUUGAAAGAUUCCAUGUCUUCGUUUUAAAAGUCGCUUUCAAUUGUUUGAGCAUAUGUUUCGUAGGGAGCACUAAGUUGGUAUACAUAAAGGUAUUGAUCAAUCUAAAAAACUCAAUGGUUUAAUUAUAUUAAUGACUUUAGCCUAAAAAAACUUAAGUCAGUGUAAAACAAUAUCGAUGUGUGAUUAAGAAGAGAUCCAAUUUAACAUUACCCACACAAUCAUUUGAUUAUUUCCUCCUCUCCGUAUCUGUGUCUCUCUUCUCUUGAUCUUUUAGUGUUCUUGCUUUGUCGCUUCAACGCUUAAGUUUGGAUUUGUGUGAGUCUGCAUAAUCAUGGCGAGGAAGAUGCUUGUUGAUGGUGAGAUUGAUAAGGUGGCGGCUGAUGAAGCCAACGCGACGCACUAUGAUUUUGAUUUGUUUGUCAUCGGUGCCGGGAGUGGCGGUGUUCGUGCUGCUAGGUUUUCGGCUAAUCAUGGCGCUAAGGUUGGUAUUUGUGAGCUUCCAUUUCACCCUAUUAGCUCUGAGGAGAUUGGAGGCGUUGGUGGAACCUGUGUUAUCCGUGGUUGUGUUCCUAAAAAGAUUCUCGUCUAUGGAGCUACUUACGGUGGUGAACUUGAGGAUGCUAAAAAUUAUGGGUGGGAAAUAAAUGAGAAAGUCGACUUCACAUGGAAGAAGCUUUUGCAAAAGAAGACUGAUGAGAUACUAAGACUGAAUAAUAUCUACAAGCGGUUAUUGGCAAAUGCUGCGGUGAAAUUGUAUGAAGGUGAAGGAAGAGUAGUUGGUCCCAACGAAGUGGAGGUGAGACAAAUAGAUGGCACAAAAAUAAGUUAUACCGCAAAGCACAUAUUGAUUGCCACUGGCAGUCGGGCGCAAAAGCCUAAUAUUCCUGGACAUGAGCUGGCUAUUACAUCUGAUGAAGCUUUGAGCUUGGAAGAAUUUCCCAAGCGUGCUAUAGUGCUUGGAGGAGGGUAUAUUGCUGUGGAGUUUGCAUCAAUAUGGCGUGGAAUGGGUGCUACUGUAGAUUUAUUCUUCAGGAAGGAACUUCCGCUAAGGGGUUUUGAUGACGAAAUGAGGGCACUAGUUGCUAGAAAUCUUGAAGGAAGGGGCGUUAAUCUGCAUCCACAAACAAGUUUGACUCAGUUGACAAAAACAGACCAGGGGAUCAAAGUCAUAUCGUCCCAUGGGGAGGAAUUCGUGGCAGAUGUCGUCCUAUUUGCUACUGGCAGAAGUCCUAAUACCAAAAGAUUGAAUUUAGAAGCUGUUGGUGUUGAACUUGAUCAGGCUGGAGCUGUGAAGGUUGACGAGUAUUCACGAACUAAUAUACCUAGCAUAUGGGCUGUAGGAGAUGCCACAAACCGAAUUAACCUUACACCUGUUGCGUUAAUGGAGGCCACCUGUUUUGCGAACACUGCUUUUGGUGGAAAGCCUACUAAAGCAGAAUACAGCAAUGUCGCCUGUGCUGUAUUUUGCAUACCACCACUAGCUGUAGUGGGUCUCAGCGAAGAAGAAGCAGUAGAACAAGCAACCGGUGAUAUUCUGGUCUUCACCUCAGGCUUUAAUCCAAUGAAGAACACCAUUUCUGGACGCCAGGAAAAGACAUUGAUGAAGCUAAUAGUUGAUGAGAAGAGUGAUAAGGUUAUUGGAGCAUCCAUGUGCGGUCCUGAUGCAGCUGAGAUCAUGCAGGGGAUUGCAAUUGCGCUCAAGUGUGGAGCAACCAAAGCACAAUUUGAUAGCACGGUUGGGAUACAUCCAUCUUCUGCAGAGGAAUUUGUGACAAUGCGCAGUGUGACCAGACGCAUUGCCCACAAACCCAAACCUAAGACAAAUCUAUGAACCGCAAAAUAUAAAGAGCUAUAUAGCAUGAAAACUCGGUACACUUAAUUUGAUCAAAGAGUCAGACAACGAUGAGUUUAAUCAUACUCGUGUCCCAAUAAAGGAUUUGUAAUUUUUGUUUGUUUGUAUGAUGCUUCUCUUCUUACUUACUUGAGAAAACAUCAAGGUUUCUUCUCUUAUUGCUUAGUGGAACUUUAUUACAAAGAAUUAUUCUAUGAACCCCUCUUGGUCAUAUCAUUUACUUCAGUUCUGUACUCGCAUAUGGUCUACUAAGUAAUAACUAGAACCAAAUCGAACUAUAUUGAAUCAAACUGAACUAAUAGAGGUCGAUGGUGACAUUUGUAAAUGAGCAGCCUAAUGAUGCUGUCUUAUGCAAAACAAAGCUCCUGGAGAAGUUGCAAUAAUAUA